UUUAAUUAUAACAUUAAUUCUAUGGUCACAACAAUUGACGCCGUUACCCUAUGUAAUUGUUUGGCAAAUUAUGCAUCUGUGAUAUGUUUACCUGUUUGGACGUUUGUUGAAUGUAAAAUCGGUGUUUGAAUUUAGCUAUUUUUAAACUAAAAUCCGUUAGUACAAAGAUCCAUCGCGACGCCGUUUAGUCGUGCGGGCGUCGUUACAAAGAUUCAGCUUUAAAUCCACGUAUUUUCAAAGAUAUGCUCCAAUCGUUAUUGCAGCCAAGGGAAAAUCAGCGAUCUAAGAUGAUCGGCGCGAUGCCAGCAGUGGCCGUAAGGCAUGAGAGGCGGCGGGCAGAGAAACGCGGCGGCGGCCGGCGCCCCUCGCAGCUGCCGCUGCAGCUGGGCCGGGGGCCCGACGCCGAAGCCACCCCCUCGCCUGACCACCAUCGGCUGAGGAACGAGCUUUAUGUCUGCGGGAAGGUGGCUGCAUUACAUGCCGUGGUAGGAUCCCUGCUGCUCGGCAUCGUGGUGCUGGUAGUGGGGUUGGUGCAACUCUCGCCUGGUGCUGAAGCAGCACAGCAUCGGUACUAUCUGAUGGGGACUGGUGCCGCCCUCGUUGGUUCGGGGGUUUUGGGGGCUGUAUUAAGGUGCCUGUGUCUCCACUGGUACAACCGCAAGUUCAAUGAGGAGUACGACGACGACCCCGAGCCGACCACCCACAAGAACGGCGUCAGCGUCGUCGAGAGUGGCCACGGCCACCACCAUAAGUCCGACCAUAGAAAUGACCACAAAUCCCACGAUAAGACCGCCCAAGACAAGGUUGGACACGAGAAAGACAAGCCAAAGUUGAAAACGCAAGCCAGCGUUGGCAAGGACUUCGACUUGAUCAAGCAGCCGUCGGCAGCUAGCGACACUUAAACUAAGAAUUGACCAGUAGUGCGAAUUAACAUAAGGUUCGUGUUGUGUCGCUGUUUUAUUAAGAAAUGGGUGUGCGGUUGGUCUUUGUAGUUUCGCUUCUAAUUUACAACCAGGGUUAGGUAACCAAGUUAUAAGUAGUACUUAUUCUAAGCUUCAAAUAUGUAUCGUUUGAUGUAACAUUUGUCGGUGUUAUUUAUGUGAAUACGAAUAUAGCAAAUAGAUAGAUCGAUGUUCAAAAAAUGACAUUUCGUUGCGCAAUCGUAAAUGUCAAAUGUUACAUUCAUUUGACAUUAUUUAUUUAUCCGGGAAAAAGCUGUUAAAAGUGAUAUUUUUUUGCGACACCUUUUUUUCUGUUUGAUUUCCUUAUUACCUAAUGUUAUGAAAUAGAAAUUAUUAUAUAUUACGAAUAUAAAUAUAUAUUAUGAUUAUUAAAUAUAUUGCAAAGGCCACCGCAAUUUCAGAUGAAUGUUUGUACGAUUUAUAAUGGAGUCAUGAGUUUUUUGAAAUAUGCGUGACUGAUGAUAUUACGAUGAUUAGGUAUAUUUGUAUUUCUCGUACUUAUUUUAGUAGAUUCCCUUUCAAUUUGUUCUCGCGUAUUUCCUUGUAUGUAAUUUUCUCAUUACGUAAUACAAUAACUUCGUUUUAUACAACGGUUUUAUGGUACGCAAGAAUAAUAUAAGAAACUGGUACUCUAUUAAAUAUAUUAUUUAACAAUUAAUAUUAAAAACAAGAGAAUUACGUCCUAAGUAACCUAUUUACGACACUUCUUAUAGUUGAAUCAUUUGGAAACAGCUUACUUAGCAUAAAGUCGUUGUACAUAUUAUGUGGUUUAUUGUACGUAUAUAGGUAUGGUACAGAGUUUGUUACAUAUCAUUUUGAUUAGGACCUACCCUUAAACCAUUCAGUAGUGAACACUUCAUUAUAUAUUUUCAAAAACAAUUUUCUAUCUCAAAAUAAGUAAUCAUCAUGUAUAAGAUUUAAACUUUUUACGACAUUAUUUUAAUAUAUUUUUGAGAUUUUUACAACAAAUAAAUCCCAAUUUAUAAUUUAUUUUUUAAAUAUCGGAUUACAUAUUGGAAAUUUAUAUCGAACGAAAGUAAUCUACGGACCACUUUAAAAAUUACUCAAUAAAAAUACCACCAAUAAACAUUAACACAGAUAAACUAAACGAAACGUUUAAAACAAUAUUUUAAAUCAUUCUAAAACCUUACCGUCCGUCUCAGCAAAAGAAGUAUUUAUUAAAAUCUCUAUACCUCUAGUGUUUUAUACUUGCUAUCAAAUAUUUGUCGGUAUUCUGUCACAUUUCAUAUUUCCUAGAUGUUAUACUCUCAUUCCUGUCAAAAAUAAUGCCUAAAUUAACAAACAAGCAGACAGACCUCUAGAUGGAAAAUAAUACUUGCUGCAAUAAUUAUGAAUAAUGCCAUAGUAAUCACGUUAUGUAAUAUGCAUUCAUAGCACAUUCUAUGAUUACUAUGACAUUAUACUUUAUUACAUCAAAAGAAAAAAAAUAUAUAUUUAUAAGCAUUUUAUAAUUAUAUGCAUUUUUGAUUGGUCAUUUUUAUGAUCCUACCGCAAAUAGAAAUGCAAUCUCAGCUGAGAAGAACAGGCGAGAAACUCAGCUGUUGAUUUUUCGAACAAGAAUUAAUUUAAAAAAAAAUUGAAUUGAUAAAAAACUAUCACAAAGAUAAUAAUGAUAAUAAUGAAACUACAAUUAAUCACUCAUUUAUCAUCAAUCGGAAGUAACAAUCAUGAAUUACAUGGUUUUUGCAAGACCUGCCCAGGAAUGAUACGACUACUUACUUAAUUCAAUAUUUUUUCUCUACGACCAUCGCUUUAUCCAAUGACAGAAAUAUAUACACUGUAUUAUAUAAAUCAACUAUCAUAUAAAUCUUUAACAAAACAUAUUUAACAUCAAGUUGCAACAGUAGUAAAAUUCAUUGUAACAAAUUUAAACAUUUCACAGCAAUAAGAGUUGAUGCGAUGUAUACAAUCCCUAUUCAAUUUUAAAAUCAUUACUUAUCUGACAAUAGUUAACCGAUAGAUAACCGACAAAUGAAGCCUACAGCAUUGAGAAUAAAUGCUGUGAAUCGUAAAUAAUUCGAGUUUAAUAUAUCUGUGUAAACGUAUUAGACUUAAUAUAUUCCAUUUGCAUAUUUUCAUUUAUUAAAACCAUUGUACUGUAUAGAAUUUUAACUACAUCGAACGAAAUGUUUCUCAAAAAUAAAAAAUAAAAUAAAAAAAAAUAUUGUAAUAUUACAGUAUGACAUGGUAACACUAUUGUUAACAAUUGUUUUAUGUUAAUACCAGUGUUGUCGUGUCACUUCCUUGUUCGUUUCCCCACGAGCUUAUUCAUAAAGGUUUAUAUAAGAUUUCUAAUGUCCGAUAAAAUAAUAUAAGUAGCUUGGACCCAAUAUAAAUGAAAACAUCCCGCCUUUUAAUAAACCAUUAGAUACCAUAAUCUUCUGACUCCGUUGUCCAACAAUAACUGUUUCUAAAAUAUAGGUACACUGCACAAUAUUUGAUUUAAAAAAUACAUUAGAUCUCUAAGCAAAAAUAUAGACGAAAAUCUUGUUAAAAAUUGUCGUAUUUUGGAAUAUAAACUUGAUAGUUCUCCGUUUACUAUAUUUGUAACAUUAGCACGAUAAAUUACAAUAGUAAUUAUAUAAGUAAUGGAUGUUGUUAUCGAUGUGUUAUAUUAUAACAAAAUUGCAUACACCAUGUAAUAAUAAGUACCUACAUAUAUACUUCUUAUCACUCUUUUUAAUUGUAUCAUGAUUUUCUCUUUCAUGAAAUCUAAUUUUAUACUUCAAAAAAAUAUUUUGUUCCAUUAUUUCAUAAAAUUUUCUAUGUAGGCAAUUCCAUGAAACCUAUUUUCACCAAUUACUUCCAUAAUUUUUUUUUAAUGCCUAGACAUUUCACGCUUUUUUUCAUAUUUAUUCACAAAUCCAACGUCACGUCGUAUUUCUGCAUCACAUCAUGGUAUUCACUUCAUAGUUUCCGAUAGCUACAUUUGAAAUUUGGAAAUAUAUUGGAAUUUAAUCCUAAGAGACUGAGAAAGAGUGUUCUAAAGUAAAUUUCAAGAAUUAUUAUCAGUUUGAUAUUUCAUUUACCUAUGUAAAUUGUUUGGAAAUUUUAAAUAGAUAAAUUGAUGUAUAUUUUUAUUUAUUGUCUCGGGUCCAAUGAAUUGGUCCAUUUAAAUCUUGAGAUUUUGAGUGCUUUUUCUAUUUUCUCACAAUUGAAGACGCUAUUUCUCUAAAAAUAUACUCGUAUUGUAGUUAAUUAAAAUAGUAUUACUGAAAUUAGAGUAUAUAGUACUGUCCGAGUAUUAUAGUGCUGUAUAAGUGUUAAUUCACUCACGAAUAGAAAAUGGAUUCAAAGUUUCAAGUUCAGAUUACUGGGUUAUUUAUAAAUAUUGAACUCUCAAAUAUAACUUAAAAGUAUAGAAAAUUUCGACAUGACUAUACUAUAUUAUGUAUAAAUAGUAUACUAUUUUUUGUAAUAUUAUAUUUUUAAAUUUUUUUAACAAAAUCUGUCAAUAAUAAGUUUACAUUGUAUUAUAAUUUUGCUAAACAGCGUAGAAUUACAUUUUCUUAUUCCUAUGUAUUACCAAUGAAUUGUAUUGUUCUGAUAUUAAUGAAAAUAUUAAAUAAUAAUUAACUAUGACAUGAAAAUUAGCACAAACGAGUGAAAUUUGUCACUAUGACAACUCCAUUACUCUUAUCAAGUGUAUUAAGAUAGAUGCUAUAUGCGCGGCAUUGCGGUGUUCGUGCGCAUUACGUACACAAACUGUCAAUAAUCGAGAUGUAUUCACGAAUUUGUCAAGUGUGAAAUAAUUGUCAUAGUGACAAAUCUCACUUAUGCGUGCUAGCUCUCGCGAUUGUACCAAUUAUUUGUGAUGAUUGAACGAUUAAUUUUAUCUACUAGUAGUAUCAAUCAAGACAUUACGUGUUGUGCUGGUAUCAGUGUUAAUCAAUGUUUAAUUUAGUAUUACAUUGUAAUGAUUACGUUCGUUGAUGUGAUAGAAUAAGUACAUAUUUAGUGUUAAAUGUAUAAGGAUAUUAAAAUUGUCGGUAUACAUUAUUUCGAUAACCCUUGCAUAUUAAUUAGUAGAUUUUCCGCUUAUAAUGUUGCCAAAGUUGUAGUUAAAUUACUUUUAGUUCAAUUUUUGUACGGCGUAAAUUGAUUGAUGACAAUAUUGUAGAAUUGCAUUUAAUGACAUUUAAAUGAAAUAGAUACUAAUGGAAAACAUUGAAAAUAUACCUUUCCGC